UCAAAUUAGCUUCUUCUUCUUCCUCCUCACGUCCUUUGAUUAUUUUUCGUUUCCAUGAUCCGAUCUUAGGGUUUCGCAGCUCGUUUUGUAUCAUAUCUGUCUGUUUGGAGAGUCGUCCCUCUCUCUCUUUCUUUCUGAAUCAAAGUUUCUGAGAUCUCUGCGUCUAAUUGAAUCGAAAUUAGAGAAUUAGGGCUUUUUACGUUGGGUUAUAGGGUUUCGAAGAGCAUAAGAUAAUAAUGCCUUCGGUGCCCUCUAAGCUUCUCCUCCUUUUGACUCCUUCGUUGACUCCUUAUCGUUCUGGUUUGUCUUCCAAUCGUUGGCGUGGUAAUCUUAGUUAACGUUUUCGAUUCUAAGCUCCGUUUAGCCUUCACCAAGAAAAAAGUUAGUUUCUCACUUCUUUUUUGGCGUUGGUCCAUAAAGUUACUAUAGUUGGAUAUGAGCUCUGUUUGUGGUAAGUUGGAUUUUAAAGGUGCUGACUUUGAGAUCUCGGCUUCGAGUCCCACGCAGUGCUCUAAUGGCUCUAAGCUUUCUUCGCAUGCUGGAUCUGAUGAAUCUCAGGAGUCUGAUGGAGAUGAAACUGGUUAUAUAAACCAAACUGGGGAUGAUGAAUUAGCUUUAGAGUCUUUACCUCUCAAGUCUUCAGAUGAUGAAGAGAAUGAUGAGAACCUUACUACUACUACACCGGUUGUUCUCAUCCCUGCCACAAAAGGCAGCCGGGAGAAGCAUGGCUUGUCACUGAGGAAGACGAGUGUUUCAUGGGCGGACGACGUGUAUGAUCCUCCUCCCUCUAUAGCCUCCCACACAAGACACAAGAAGCCGCAGCAGCAGAAACCAAAGAGCAAAGAUAGCCACAGGAAGACCGGAAAGAAAGGACAGAAGAACAAAGACAGCUCUUCCUCUCGUAGUGGCAAGAACAAGAAGCAAGCUUCUCGCAAACAACACAGUUGCGAGAAUUUUGAUUGGGUUACUCAGAUGCCUAUAGUUGCAGCAUCUUCUUGACUCGCAUCGCCUUCUAAUAAUCAAAGCAGAUCUUCAUCACAUCUAUGAGCUUGACUUGGCUCCCUCUUUGUUUAAUAAAUAAUCACUUUGUGUCUGUGUGUGUUUAUGGUAACAGCUUUCUUAUGAGUAAUGGUUUAAUCCAAAACAUUAUUGUGAAGCUUCUAUUGAAAUUUUUUGAACCUUGUUAUUGAACUGACAUCGUCUUAUUUGAAGCAAAA